AUGGCGCGAACCAGAGCUCAGUCGCAAGCAGCCGCGUCUGAGAAAGGAGCAACGUCCAAGCCUAAGGCCGUGAAGGAGGAGAAACCCAAAUCUCAACGUCCAGAGAAAAAGCCGGCGAAGUCGCGCACACCUAAAAAGUCCGCCACGGGCAAACGUGCCCAUGAAGAAGUGCAAGAGAGCCAUGAAGACAAAGCGAAGCAAGGGCCAACCAAAAAGAGUAAAUCCUCAGAAGCAACCAGUGACGGGCGAGCUCACAUCUCAAACCCAAAGGUGGAAUCGAUUCUAUCAAAAUAUGGCGUACUGCCGCUGCAAAAAUCCAAACUUCCUGCGCCGGAUCAACCACUACCUGAGACCAUGCUUGCCCUCGUCUUCAAUGCCAUGCUAACCUCAGCUCGUAUCUCGCAUGAGAUUGCUGCACGAAGUGUAUCAUGUUUGAUUGACGCGGGAUACCAUGAUAUUCAAAAGCUGAAGAACAGCAGCUGGCAAGAGAGGACGGAGGUACUAACAGAAGGUGGUUACACGCAUUAUCGUGAGAAAACUGCUACAAUGCUGGGCGACUUGGCUGAUUUGGUUCUUGACAAAUAUGAUUCCUCCCCGAGCCAGAUCCGUGCCGCAUUGAAGGAGAUCAAAGGUAUUGGCGAGGUCGGCCUGGACAUCUUUUGCGACACCGCACAAGCUGUCUGGCCUUGUCUUGCUCCUUUUAUCGACCCCAGGAGCUUGAAGACCGCACAGCAACUCGGACUGGGGAGUGUUGAGGAGCUUUGGCAGGAGGUGGGCAAAGAUGCGCUCAUGAUGUGCAAGUUGGCGACUGCUUUGACAACAAUCCGUCUCGGUAAGAAGACUAGCGAGUUCACCUGA